AUGGCUUUCCUCUUAAAAGAUUCUCCAGAAUGCGCCAAAUCUGAACUCGAUUUAUUUACAUUACCUCCAACCCAAACAGUUAUAGAAAGAGGACAAUGGAUAGAAUUUCAUCCCCUUGCGAAUGUGUCGGAUGGAAGUCCUGUCGAAUUCAAUGUCGCGGGUAGUGGCGAUGACUAUUUGGAUUUAUCUCAAACUCAGUUAUACGUCAAAGUUAAAAUUUUGAAAAGCAAUGGCGGCUCUCUCGGAAAAGAUGAUAAAGUGGGACCCGUGAAUUUGUUUCUGCACUCCCUCUUUUCUCAAGUUGAUAUAAGCUUAAAUGAAAGACUUAUUUCCUCCAGCAAUAACACGUACCCUUACAGAGCCAUCAUAGAAAAAUUACUUAAUCAUGGUUUUGAUACGAAAACUUCUCAAUUAUCAUCAGAAUUAUAUUUUAAAGAUACAGCAGGCCGUAUGAAUGUUUUUGAUACUGCGGAUAAGCAACCUAAUGAGGGAUUCAAUAAAAGAGCAGAAGAAUUUAAACUUAGUGCUACAGUGGAUAUGAUUGGACGGCUACAUCUAGAUAUGUUUCAUCAAGAAAGACUUUUGUUGAACAUGGUCGAUAUGAAAAUUAAACUUAUCCGCAGCAAACCGGAAUUUUGUUUACUGGGGGAGGGGAAUUUUAAAGUGUCAUUGGAACAUGCCUCACUAUUUGUACGCAAAGUUCGAUUCAGUCCAGGUGUAAUUUUAGGGCAUGCAAAAAGUUUAGAAAAAGCGACAACGAAAUAUCCUAUCAACCGAGUUCUUUGCAAAGUGUAUUCCAUUCCAUCAGGAAAUAUGAGUUUUGUUCAAGAUAGUAUUUUUACGGGUCAGAUGCCUAAACGCUUAAUUGUUGCCUGUGUUGAUAAUGAUGCUUUCAACGGAAACUAUAAAAAAAUCUCCCUUCGAAUUUAA